CCUGCUGCCAUGGAAACAGGACUCUGCGUAUCCAGCAAAGGAGCAACUAAGGCACAAAACAGAAUAUCGAUUACUUAACUUAGUCUACAAUUUGUCUGCACAAUGGAGACGCCUGAAAGCACAGCAGAAAAAAAUUCAACCAUAAAAAUAACUGUCAUUGGUGGAAAUAACCUGCAAGGAAAAAAGUCAGACAGCUUCCAGAGUUUUGUUCGGGUGGAGUUGGAUGGUACGGUGCUGGGAGAGUCAGACAAGAAGCAGGCUGACCCUGUGGAGCAGCGCGUCGACUACGACUUCACCUGCAGCUUCCACUGCUCCAGCGAUGCUCUGGCUCUCAGUGAUAUCGCCCACAAACCGAUCAUAAUGACGGUGACGGAGUUCCUGCCUGAUGAGAAGAAAGUGGAGGCGAGGUCAUCGCUGAUGGGCCAAGCUGUGGUCGACCUGCUGCCACUGCUGCAAGGUCAGUGCAGCCUUUCAUCCACAAUCCCACUGUAUCCAGUCAGCAGCUCCCCAGCCAAGGGCUCCUCCCAGGACUCCAGCAGCAAGUCACAGAGCAGCCUGAAUGUGGAGACAGCAGCUAGGGCCAGACAGAGGCAGGUGGCCAGCCAAGCCUUUUCAAUGUGGAAGAGCAAGUGUCUGGAGAAGCAGUCAGGGCCUCAGCAACCGACACUGGACGUGUUUGUAAGUGUGUCGGAUCCAUUGCUGUCUGAGCCUGAACUCUCAGCCUCCAACCUGCUGAAGGUCACCAUGGAGACAGCCUACUCCCUCCCUGAGACAUGGACUCUGCUAUCUGGGCCUGCUCCCACUCCGUGCACUUACACUGCUGCCCUGGAGGUCCCGCUUGCUGCAGAGAAAGAUCAGAUGCUGGUGUUUUGUGAAGGGCAGCUGAAGGCAGGAGGACAGAAGGAAGACAAUGGCCGACAGAGGAAGAGGCCCCAUCAAGCCCUGCUGCUCCCGGGAAACCACUUCUUGCCUGGAGCCUUUUUCCAGGCAGAGCCCAUUGAGCAGGAGAACGGCGAGCUAACUGGUUUAGAGGACCGCGAGUUUCGUAAUGAAGCAGAGACCCUGAAGAGCAGGGUAAGCUGGGACACAGAAAUGCGCUGUUUUCUGGAUGAAGGAGGAACCGCCAGGCUGCGUCAGAAGAUCAUUGAGAGCAGACUGUGGCCGGUGGAGAUCAUGAGGUCGUUGGCUCCUACGGGAAAAGCAGCAGAAACUGCCAAGCUGCUAGCUGAGGAGGACCCACAGAUCCCCUUCCAUGGUGUGGCGUUCGUGGACAUGGGGCGGUUGCUGUAUCCUGGAGUUACCCGCAUCCGAGGAGCAUACAGCAUUCGGCCCUUCUCUGAAACUGAGUUGCUGAACAAGGCCAAGCGGAGUGUCAGUGUGUUAAAGAAGCAGGCCAAGGCUGCAGCAAGCCAGCUCAAAGCUCGAGCUGGCUCGGCUGCAGGCUCUUGCAAAUCAAGGGCAGGGAAGGCCCUGGAUGGAGGCAACAAGGGAGCCAAGGAUUCCAAGGAGCCAGCCAAAAAGCAACCUGGCAAUCAAAGCAGGAUGGCUCCAGCCGACAGCAUGGCUGACAGUGUGACAGAAACUGAACCACACGUCAAUACAGAGGAAAAUAUGUAUGUGGAGGCCAGAACUUACAUUAUUAUUGAAAUUGCCUUGGAGAAACCACUAGUGCCCAAAACAUCUCCAGAGGAGCUGGCCAGAAGGGUAAAAGCACUGAUCCCUCCCAGAUCUCCACUUCCAGCGGGUCCUAGUAAAGCAGAAAGAGCCGUGCAGGGCUUCCACAGGCAGGUAGGCAAUGUGGUGACCCAUGUUUCCGACCAGUAUGAGGAACUAUUUGGAGCAAAAUGCAAGCCAUCAGAAGACUGCAGCCGGGAGCAAAUGAAGGCUCAGCUGAUGGGAGCGCUUAAUGUCUCUGGGAGAUAUUUUGCCUUCAAGGAACAGAUGAAGCAUGCAGUGGUGAGGAUUGUGCGUGACAAGAUGCAGCAGACAGAGCCAUUCACUGAGCCUCAGGAUCUGCAUGCUUUUGUCAGCAAGCUCUAUGUCUACCUGGUGGAUGAGAUGCACUUAGCUAUGGACAAGAUUUAUUCAGAGGACGUUGAUGAUGACUCCCCGGAUGAGAUCCAUUUGAGUACCUCUCAGCUCAGAUUUUUUGCUAGAGAGGCUCAGCACACCGGGAAUUAUCAGCAGGCUGCUCAGUACUACCAGGAGCUGGUGGUGAGGCAUCCAUGUGAGCCCUCCCACAAGUUUGAGUGGGGAAGCCUCUACAUGCUGACUGGAGACUACAUGAAAGCUAAAGAGUGUUUCCAUGAUGCUGUGUCCAUCCAGCAGGCCCACCAGCCCAGGUCAGAAAAGAUCCAGACACACCUGAUGAUGUGUGGGGUCCUAGCAGCGAUGUUUGAACGUUUUGAGGAAGCUGAGACCUUCCUGGAGCGAGCCACCAGCAUAGAGCCACCCAGUGUGGUGGCCUGGACGCUGCUGGGUUUGAUCCAGGAGAGCCAGAACAAACUCACCCUGGCUGAGAGGGCCAUCCUGGAAGCCAGAAAUCAGCUGAGGGAAGAGGUAGCAAAGAGGCAAACGCAGAAGGGGGAAGAGAAGAAUACUGAGAAGAAGAAAGACCAGCAUGAGGAAGAGGAGACAGCCGCGGCUGCAUGUAAUUCUGGCAACAUUAAGCAAGACUCAGACUGUGGAGACCAGGACUCAGCGGUGCACAGAGAGCCUCCAGCACAAAAUGUCAGUUCCAGAUCAGCUCCGGCUACAUUCUCAACAAUCUACACAGAGACGGUCCAGUUCCUGCUGCAAAACAAUGCCCUGAAGAUGGCAGAACGUGCUCUGUCCCAGGAACUGCUGUGUUCAGACGGCGGUCGCAGUGUCUCCUACCUCCUUCAUUUGGCCCAUUUGCAGUUUCUCAGAGCUGACUAUUGCAGUGCCACUGCUAGCCUCAGGGAGGCACUAUUACACAGAGACCAGGACGCAGAUGCGUGGGCUCUGAAUGGUCACUGUCACUAUCUGUGCGGGGAGUUCACUGAGGCUCAGCAGAGCUAUGAGCGGAGCCUGAACUUCCAGCAGCAGCCAUCAGACUCUCACCAUGUUGUCCUUCGCCUGGGAUCCAUCUACCUCCAGGAGGGAAAGUUUGAACAAGCCAAAGUUGUGUACCUGCAGGCUUGUGAGCAGUCUCCAUCCUGCCUGACCUGGCUGGGCCUGGGCGCCACCUGUUACCGGCUGCAGGAGCUGUGUGUAGCUGAGGAAGCUUUGACUGAGGCCAACCAUUUGAACAAUCAGAAUGCAGAAGUGUGGGCUUACCUGUCUCUGAUCUGCCUCAGGUCUGGCAGACAGGAGGAAGCAGAGAAGUUUUAUAAAUACGCCACAAGGUUCAACUUGCAGAAUAAUUCGCUCCUCAAGGAGAUCAAAGAGCUGCAGGAUCAGGUCCGCUUCAGUCAUCUGGUGUCAUGCUUUGGAACAAGUACCGACGCAGGAGUUUAAAUCCUAUGAGCAAGUACAUUUCAUACAUAGACACACGUAGAGUCUAAAUGGCACAUCUUUAAAAUGUUCUGUUUAAACUGCCGGGUUAUGUUAGGAGUUGUAUUGGUAUUCUUUAAUUGUAUUUUGAGAAUGUAUAUGUAUUAAAUGCUUUAUUGUGAAAAAGUAA